CAAGAGGUCGAGAGAGAGAGAGAGAGAGAGAGAGGACACUGAGAAGAGAAGAAGGAGGAUGAAAUAAGAUAAUAAAAAGAAGAACAGGAACAAGAACAAGGGAGUGAAGCUGCAUUUAUAGAAAAAUAUGGAAUCUGACACUGAAUACAUUUGCAAGUAAAUUUAAUUCAAGUCAUGAGUGAUUAACAAUUUCUCAAGCAGAUGUAAGAAGUUCAGAUUUGAAUUGCCAGGUUAUCUUCAAGAUGGACAGCCAGAACCAGUAUCAUGUAUCUCGGCCCAUCUACUCCACACGUGCCUUUGAACAUGUCAAUGAAAAGCAAGUCAGACAGACGAAGAGCCUCAAGGAAAGGCUCAGAAAUUCCUGCAGUUGCUCUGGUAAACGGGUUGUGCGGCUGAUUAAGGGGUUUUUCCCAAUCCUUGACUGGCUCCCAACAUACCAACUCAGGCAAUGGCUUCCUGGUGACAUUGUAUCAGGAAUCACUACGGGAAUGGUGUGUGCUCUGCAAGGUUUGGCCUACUCACUGCUGGUGAAUGUCGGUCCGGUAUACGGACUUUAUGCUGCUUUCUUCCCAAUCCUCUCCUACUUCAUUUUGGGCACCUCUAGACACCUAUCUGUAGGUCCAUUUCCAGUCACCUGUCUUAUGAUGGGAUCAGUGGUGUUGAAUCUUACUCCUGAUGAACUGUUCAUGAAACCAGGGAAUGGGACAAGUGUGAAUGGGACGGCAGCAAUGGUGCUAAAUGUUGCUGAAAGAGAUGCAAAAAGAGUGGCAUUAUCCAUCUCCAUGACAGUGCUGAUUGGACUGUUUCAGGUGGGAAUGGGUGUGGUCCAGGUGGGUUUCUUGGUGCGUUAUCUAUCUGACCCACUGGUAGGAGGCUUCACUACAGCAGCUGCUCUGCAUGUAGUAGUCUCUCAGCUCAAACUGAUUUUUAAUGUUCCCACUGGGAACUACAAUGAUGUCCUGUCUCUUUUUUAUACUAUUGGGGACAUAUUUAAAAACAUUAAGAAAUCCAACAUGGUUGACCUGAUCGCUGGAGUACUGACUAUCAUUGUGGUAAUGCUUGUAAAAGAGUUCAACGCCAAAUAUCAGAAAAAGCUUCCAGUGCCUAUCCCCAUUGAAGUGAUAGUGACAAUUAUUGAUGCAGGAGUUUCUUAUGCAGUGGACCUGAGCGGCAAUUACGGUUCUGGCAUUGUUCGAUCUAUCCCAAGAGGAUUUAUUCCACCUCAAGCCCCAGAUGCAUCACUCUUUAGCAGUUUUGUGGGCGCAAGCUUUUCCACAGCAGUGGUGUCUUAUGCCAUAGCAAUAUCAGUAGCUAAAGUCUAUGCAGCAAAACAUGACCUCGUAGUUGAUGGAAAUCAGGAAUUGAUAGCCUUUGGAAUCAGCAACAUUUUCUGUGGCUGUUUCGGUGGCUUUGUGGCCACCACUGCUCUCUCACGUACAGCGAUACAGGAGAGUACAGGAGGCAAAACUCAGAUAGCAGGGAUAAUUUCGGCUCUGCUGGUGCUGAUAGUGAUCGUGGCUCUUGGGCCUCUACUUCAGCCUCUACAGAAGUCAGUGCUGGGGGGCAUCGUUGUUGCCAAUCUGAAAGGCAUGUUUAUGCAGGUGCAUGAUGUGCCCAUACUAUGGAGGAAGAACAGGACUGAUUGCAUUAUCUGGGUGUUUACAUUCAUCGCCUGCAUCCUGCUGGGGCUGGAUAUCGGUUUACUGGCUGGCGUAGUGUUUGAGCUUGGCACCGUGGUUAUCAGGACACAAUUCCCAUCUUGUUCAACAUUUGGAAAUAUACCCAGCACAGACAUCUACAAGAAUAUGAAAGACUAUAAAAAUAUUGUCGAGUGUCCUGGAGCAAAGAUUUUCAAGUGCACUGCACCAAUUUAUUUUGCCAACAUUGAUUACCUGAAAGACCGGAUAAAGCAUAUAGUGGGAUUUGAUGCAGUGCAAGUGUUUAAGAAAAGGAACAAAGCAUUAAAGAAGAUUCACAGUCUAAUCAAGAAGGGGAAGCUUAAAGUCACAAAGAAUGGCCUGGUGCCAGUGGAACAACUGGGUGUGAUCAAUGAGGGGUUUGAGAAUGAGCGAGACCCUGAGCAGGUGGAAGGUGGACCACAGGAAGUGGAGGAUGGAGCUCGACCAGACGUGGAUGUGGAGGUGCAAGUGGACUGGACAUCUGCACUGCCUGUCAACGUCACAGUCCCCAAAGUCGACAUCCACAGCUUGGUGAUGGACUUCACUGCCGUUUCCUUCCUGGAUGUGAUGGCUGCAAAGUCCCUCAAACUGAUCAUAAAGGAAUUUUUACGCAUCGGAGUCAAUGUAUAUAUUGCUGGCUGUGAUGAUGAGAUUAUCAUGAAGAUGGAGUCCAUGGGCUUCUUUGAUGAAAUGGUGCACAGAGGCAUGCUCUUCCUCUCUGUCCACGAUGCUAUUCUCUACAUCAAGAUGGAAACUGCUAGUGAUAUCACAGAAGACCCGAUGAUAGACAAGAUCUCACAGCUACAGGAUGACAAAGAACCUUUCAGUGAAGAUGAAGACUUGAUUGAGACCUAUGACAACCAGCACUUGGCUAUCCAUGGACUCUCAAGCUAAGCCUGAACUCAUGCUUUUUUUGGACGUAGAAAAAAGCUAACAAGGUCUUCCAACCAAAGAUCACAGGAAAUAAAUUCAGAUGACUGAAUAUGUUUGUUUAUCAUCUGCAAAGUAUUUACCACUACACAUUUAUCUCUGGUCUAAAAGGGUUUUCAGGGGAGAAUCACCAUUAACCCUUUAAAUUCUCUACUUACUUAUUAGUCUUAAAGCAUAUUAUUCAGUAAGUCCUAUGAAUUAUUCCAUAACUACAGUGAAACUAAUAAAAAGAAUAUGCAUAUAAAUGGUAGACCCAUAUAUAAGUCCUGGGAGGUCAAAAGUGUUAAUGAGGCUUAAUGUGACAUAAUUUGCUUAGGCAGUUUCUUAUAAUCUUACUGUUUCUGUAAGCACUGUCUCAGUACGUAACCUGAUGUGUACUGAAAUUUCAGCUGUACCUGAGACUGUUAGUCAUGAAGUUGGUACUGUUUAAUAUUUAAGAAAAAUUAAGGAAUUGUUUCAGCACAGUACAAUGACACACUGCAUCAAGCACUUUGAAGUAUUUACAGCACUUCCUUACUUUCACUCCCUCUCUCUGUGGGAAUCCCUUUCUUUCUUUUAUACUGCAUAACAUGCAACAUUCAGAACGUGCACUGCAUUUCUCCCUAUAAUAUUUAUUACUACCAAGCAUAAGUUAUAUCAUUAUUCACUUUAAUCUAUUCAAUAAUUUCCCUGAUUUUAAUAUAUUAUUUUUUUGUCCUCCAUAGACUUUCAUUCUGCCAUACUUGGUUUAGUUUUUAAAUGCAGUCAAGCAGGAUAUAAUUUCAGACAUUUACCUUUAUGUCUAAAUACUUUCUCACUCAUUUUGCUAUUAUUACAUUCUUUUUUUUUGUCCUGCACUAUGUAAACUUACAAGAAAAUGGAAAAAAUUACACCAACAAAAUCAUCUAUUUUCCAGCUGUCUUAGAGUUCUGCUUCUCUUGUCUUUAUUUUAUAAUAAUGUUAUAUCCAAUAUAAUGUAUUGUCAAUGUAUUCAAUAUUCUUCCUGUUAUUGUAAUUUCAAAUACAACUAAUUUUGCUGCA